CAUUUGAGCAGCAGUGUAAAAUGCUAAGAAGUACAGCGCACAGUAAAGUAGACAAAAUGUUUUGAACUCAUGUCGCCGAUUUUACGGUGUAGAAUUAACACAUAAGGACUGGGUUACGCUAUUUUAAGAUUUAAUUUGUUUUAAAGACAAAUAAAAAUAAACAAAAGUUUAUUUUAGGAAUUAAAGUUAUUUCUAAUCAGCGCCUUAAUUGGUCCCACACUACUUUGAAGUUAUACAAAAAGCAAUUUGGAUUUGACGACAAUACAUCUAAAAUCACGCUCGGAUAUUCAGUUUGUUUUUUACAACAAACUACAAUACAAAAUGACGGCAAAAGAAACAAAAAAUGGAAUAUCUCACAUUGAUAGGAAAGUGUUGAAACGACAGGCUUCUUCUACAGACAGAACCUGUGGAGUAGGAUCAUGUACCCCACAAUGUAUCCAGCCGAUGGCCGACAUGCGCCUUUUCGUUGUGUGUAUUGGGAUAUUUUCUAUGUGCUACGGAAUGGGUCAGCCUUAUUUGUCAUCUUUUACAUCCACACUUGAAAAACGAUUCUCCCUUCCAAGCUCAAAGAUGGGCAUUUUGAUGUCAACUGACAAUGCAGGAUUUGUCGUAUCAACAGUCUUAGUGAGUCACUUCGGGAGGCAUACGCAUAUGCCACGGCUGUUCUUCGGAGCAGGAUGUCUCACCUCUUUAGCUUUCAUCAUAAUGAUUUUUCCACAUUUUAUAUUUGGAUCCGGAAUGGACACAGGGGACAUGUUAGGAGGAUCCGCUGCAAUGGGGUCAAAUAACACAACUCUUGGUGGAUCAAAUACUCAGGAAGGUCUAUGUGACACGACAGCAGGGAAUUUAACUUUAAAUUCAAGCAAUCACGAAAGAACAUGCAACAAUCAGGAUACGGAAUCGAACAGUAAUAAUAUUGCAUUUGGAAUUUUUGCAACAGCACAGUUCAUGUUCGGUGUGUGCACCUCACCAUUUUUCACAUUGGGUCUGGUGUAUAUUGAUGAUAAUGCACAAACUAAAAGACAAUCAUCGGCCUAUUACGGAGUCUUGUUUGCAAUCAGGAUGCUGGCCCCGGUGUUGGGAUAUCUGGUGGGUGGAUGGAUGUCUACUAUUCCCGCGGAUGUUCAAUCGUUUCAUAUCUCACCACGUGAUCCCCGUUUCAUCGGUGCAUGGUGGCUGGGGUACGCUGUCUUGGCAAUCCUUAUGUUCCUCUCCGGGGUUCCGUUGCUCUUCUUUCCUCGACACCUGAAAAAAUUGACAGCAAAGGAGAAAAAAAGAAUCGAUGCAGAGGAAAGUAACGCGAUGGGAGGUGGUUUCAACAAGGCUCUCGUGGAAAUGAAAGAUUUACCUAGAGCCAUCUGGCGGUUGUGUAAGAAUCCAGUGUACAUAAUUGCGGCUAUUGGCGGUGUCUGUCACGUGUACAUCUACGCCGGAUAUUUCUCGUUUCUCCCCAAGUUUAUCCAGUCGUACUAUCGGUUACCCAUAUCCACUGCCAGCGUUAUUACAGGAAUGAGUUUCGCUUUGGCGGGAUCAUUUGGCAAUAUCGCAAGCGGUAUCAUGUCCUCUAAAUGGAACAUGUCUGCAAGGACGGCUGCUAUUGGUUGUUUUGCAUCUGCCGUCAUCAGUGCAGCUGGAUUUGCUUCGUUGAUGCUGUUCCCAUGUAAUGAACCAAAGAUCCAGGGCUUUCAAAUGGGAAGAGUUACCGAGCUAUGUGACCCUUCAUGUAUGUGUGACACUUCUACUUUUAACCCAGUGUGCGGAAGCGAUAAUCUGAACUACGCCUCUCCCUGUCUUGCCGGCUGUACUACUAUGCAACGGAAUAAUACGGAGACAUUGUACUCAAACUGUGGAUGCAUCAACAAUAUAAAUGCAUCGUUACCUAGCAACCAUCUGGUAGAUGGCAGUGCUGUUCCCGGCGUAUGUGAUCCUGGAUGUAAAACAGUUUGGGGCUUUGCUGCUGUUCUAAUUCUGAUCACAUUGGCGCAAUCACUCUUUGGCAUUCCAGGAAUGAAAAUUUUGCUAAGGUGCGUCGACCAACAAGACAGGGCGCUGGCAUUUGGCGUCUUGACAGCUAUCGUGGUAGUUUGUGCUCUUCCAAGCCCUGUCAUUUACGGUAGCGUCAUCGACUCCACGUGUUUGGUCCAACAAGAAUUACCAUGUGGCGGUGGCAGGGGCUACUGCAGCCUCUAUGACCUUCAACCGUUACGUGUUCGCUUACACGUGCUUACAACUGGCCUAAAGAUUGCAGCAACUCUCACUUCAUUAGUAACUCUGGUCCUAUGCUGGAACCCAAAAUUUAAAUUUGACGAUGAACUUGAUAAGAGUUCAGAAGAAUCCAAAAGUGAAAGUGAUACGGACGAUCAUGAAUUGACUGAAAUGCUUCCUUCUAAAGUGGUAGACAUUGAUAAACCUCAACCAUCAAAAGUUGUCACAAUGAGUUAAAUUCUAAGUUUCAUGUCUCAAACUCUCCCAAGCGGUAGAAAAAAAAUAAUUCCCGUUCACUUUAAGUAGCACAAUAAAUGAAUCCAAAGCUUCAUAACUGCAAAUGAUGG